CUUCAUGUUUGAGCUCAAUAAAUAAAUGAUGUAAAUGAUAAAAGGAGCUGCUGACGGUUAAACAAAGAGGACGUUUCAAAACAAGUUUAAAGAGCAACACACAGCGUGAUGCCUCGACAGACAAACACCACUUAAUCAAUCAAUCAAUCAAUCAAUUAAUUAAUGAGUAGCUGUUGUUUGUUAGGAUGUUUGCAGCUUAGUGCUUCAGACUCCUACGACAAAGUAAAAUAACUUUAUAUAUCAAAGUACUGCAUUCAAAAGUACUUCUUUUGUUUUACUCUCAUGAGUUGUGUUUAUCACAUCAUCAUAAAAUAAGCCAAUCAGAGCCUUGGUUUUUUGGGUGUGACCUCUGACACCUGGCCUGCAUCCAGUCCUGUACUGAUCUGGGAUCAGGAUCAGGGUUUAAAUUUAUCUCAGAUUAACUCGUAGCUCCUCCGAGGACGACUCGGCGACGCGUUCAGUCUGCAGCAUGUCGGCCUCUGCAGCAGGGGGGGGUGUCCCUUGGAGGAACAACAGCUUCAUACUGGGGGGGAGCCGGGACCCUCCUCUGUCCGACCAGGGAGAGACCAUCAUUGGAGUGUACCUGCUAGUGCUAGGUUGGUUGUCCUGGUUCGGAAACAGCAUCGUCCUCUUCGUGUUGUACAGACAGAGAGCCACGCUGCAGCCCACAGAUUACUUGACCUUUAACCUGGCCGUGUCCGACGCCAGCAUCUCCGUGUUCGGAUACUCCAGAGGGAUCAUCGAGAUCUUCAACGUCUUCCAGGACAGCGGCUUCCUCAUCGCAUCCAUCUGGACCUGCCAGGUAGAUGGUUUCUUCACGCUGAUAUUCGGUCUGAGCAGCAUCAACACUCUGACGGUGAUCAGCAUCACACGCUACAUCAAAGGAUGUCACCCCAACAAAGCCCAUCACAUCACCCGGGUCAGUGUGUCCAUCUGUCUGCUGCUCAUCUGGAUCACAGCUGGAUUCUGGUCCGGAGCCCCCCUGCUGGGCUGGGGCAGCUACAAAGAUCGUGGGUACGGGACUUGUGAGAUCGACUGGGCCAAAGCGGGUUACUCGGGUGUGUACAGGUCGUACAUCAUCUCCAUCUUCAUCUUCUGCUUCUUCAUGCCGGUGCUCAUCAUGCUCUUCUGCUACGUGUCCAUCAUCAACACGGUGAAGAGAGGCAACGCGCUGUCCGCCGAGGGCGACCUGACCGACCGCCAGAGGAAGAUCGAGAGAGACGUCACCAUCGUUUCCAUAGUGAUUUGCACCGCCUUCAUCUUGGCCUGGUCUCCGUACGCCGUGGUGUCCAUGUGGUCGGCCUGGGGUUUCCACGUCCCCAACCUGACCAGCAUCUUCACCCGCCUGUUCGCCAAGUCGGCCAGCUUCUACAACCCCCUCAUCUACUUUGGCCUCAGCUCCAAGUUCAGGAAGGAUGUGGCUGUGCUGCUGCCGUGCACCCGCGACGCCAAGGACACCGUCAAGCUGAAGCGCUUUAAGCCCAAGGCCGACGCCCACGGCCGACCCGCCGCAGGUGGUGGAGUCAGACUCAAGGUCCCUCUAAACCGCACAGAGAAGAAGUACAUAUCCCUGAACCAGCCGAACCCCGCCCCCAGCCCGGACUUAGGGAUGGGGAGCCCGCCCACCACGCCGAUGCCAUCAAACAGCAAGGAGGUGUUCUACAUCGAUGCCCCACAACCGUCAGAGACCAACUCAGGGUAUGAGUGUGCCCGACUCUGAGGAACUCCACAGACCUGCAGGAGGACUGACCAGGUCUACGAUCCACUGACUGGACCCUGAUCCACUGACCAGGUAAACCCUGACACCUGAUGUACCAACCUGCAGUACACACAGACCUCAGCAGGGGGCGCUGAGGACACCCAUUCCUGACUCUUAAAGUAGUGAAGAAGACAUGCAGUAAGUUAAUCUGUAUAAAGACCAGCGGAACCAGGACCAGACCAAGACCGGGACCUGUUGACCCCAGGAAGAAUAGCUGAGCUCUCGGGUAUAGAUCCUUUAAAAAAAGACUAGGACCAGGACCAGGACCUGUUGACCCCAGGAAGAAUAACUGAGCUCUCGGGUACAGAUCCUUUAAAAAAAGGCCAGGACCAGGACCUGUUGACCCCAGGAAGAAUAGCUGAGCUCUCGGGUACAGAUCCUUUAAAAAAAGACUAGGACCAGGACCAGGACCAGGACCUGUUGACCCCAGGAAGAAUAGCUGAGCUCUCGGGUACAGAUCCUUUAAGAAAAGACCAGGACCAGGACCAGGACCAGACCAGGACUAUGAGCACAAAGGAUCUACAAACUAAAACAAGGGUUUCCAAACCUUUCGGCUCGUGACCCCCCAUAUAACGGUGCCAGAGACCGGGGACCCCCCACUGUCCCUGGUGGUGGUUAAAGCAUACAAUGUUGCACUGACAGUCCAAUCCAAACACUCGCAUUAGAAGAACACAAAAUAUUAUUUUAGCAAAGAAGUCAAGAAGUAGAACUUCUCCAUGUUCAGACUGUAGCUCUGAGUGAACAGGACACACAGGUGAUGUCUGGUUUUAUCUUUACAGAGCAGCAGACUCCUUCAGUGUUGUCCUGCAAACUUACUUUUUAGAGAUUUUUUACACGUUAAUGUCAUUUAACAGCUGUAGUUUCAUUUUAAGAUUAACUACUUUUUUUUGUUUAUAUUUUCAGAAUGAUGGGUAAAUAUGUCAGUUUGAAUCGUUUUUAAAAUGUAAUUCUUUAUGGAAGUCAUCCUACGACCGCCCCUCUUAGUGUCAAGCGACCCUCCAGCGGGUCCCAACCCCCACUUUUGGAACCACUGAACUAGAAGAUUACGAGACAAAAAGAAGUAUUGAUCUGAUUGAUUGGGUUUCACACAAAAAACAUUGCAAUUUCCCUUAAAACAAGAUUUAAAAGUCACAUAUCCUCCUCCUCUUCUUCAGUGUAAAUAAUUCUCAGAGCUCCUCAAAACAUGUGUGUGAAGUUUCUAAAUCCACUUUGAUCCUGUAUUUGAUCAUGUCUAUAAACCCCUCUAUUUCAGCCCUGCUCAGAACAGGCUGUUUCUGUGUCUGUACCUUUAAAUAUGUAAAUGAGCUGUGUCUGACCACGCCCCCUCU